AAGCUGGCCUGAGGGCUGAGACCCUAAAGCUGCGGGCUCAGGCCGGUCAAUUCACAUGCAGAGGGCCGGGAGUGAGGCUGAAGCCGCUGACCCUAACCCCGCCCGCCCAUGCACGUGGAAUGUUUGUAUACAUUUUCCAUCAGUUUAGCAAAACACAAAGACCUCUCUCUCUCUCUCUCUCCCCCUCCGAAUAUUCAUGGCGGUUGCUAUUUCCUUUUCACUCAUAUAACUUUGGUGACACUUCUUUGUCUCACACUUGCUCAAUAUAUAUAAAUAUAGAUACAUUCCACCUAAUCUUCCUCCUUAUACAAAAACGACUAGAGACGUUUUAUAUUCCCAAGUCCUCGUUUCGACCGGCCGGUUUCUGCGUUUCUGAGGUCACCAGUUUAACGUUUCUGUGUGGCAGCCGAGACUCCUCAGUUGCAGGCAUGGAUAUUGCAGACUCGAAACGAAGGAGCAAAUUCUCUGGCAAGAUUUUCGCGGCUGCCGGGCUAAUCACCCUCUGCAUUGUCUUGUUCAAGCAGUCACAUGAUUCUAGCAGUCCCAACAAGUUCUCUUAUCAUGAAGCAGGGAUCACGCAUGUCUUGGUCACAGGAGGUGCUGGCUACAUAGGCUCUCAUGCUGCACUUAGGCUUUUGAAGGACUCAUACCGUGUAACGAUAGUGGACAAUCUUUCUCGAGGAAACAUCGGUGCUGUUAGGGUUCUUCAACAGUUGUUUCCACAACCCGGGAGGCUGCAAUUCAUAUACGCUGACCUCGGAGAUGCAAAAGCCGUCAAUAAGAUCUUCUCAGAGAAUGCAUUUGAUGCUGUCAUGCAUUUUGCAGCUGUUGCUUAUGUUGGUGAAAGUACACUCGAGCCUCUUCGAUAUUAUCACAAUAUCACAUCAAAUACACUGUUGGUUUUGGAGGCAAUGGCAGCACACAAUGUAAAAACAUUGAUCUAUUCCAGUACUUGUGCCACUUAUGGUGAACCUGAGAAGAUGCCGAUCACAGAAGAAACCGAGCAAGUCCCAAUCAAUCCAUAUGGAAAAGCAAAGAAGAUGGCAGAAGAUAUCAUUCUAGAUUUCUCCAAAAACUCAAACAUGGCCGUCAUGAUCUUACGAUAUUUUAAUGUGAUAGGAUCAGACCCUGAGGGAAGACUAGGAGAGGCUCCUCGACCUGAGCUGCGUGAGCAGGGACGAAUCUCUGGUGCCUGUUUUGAUGCCGCUCGAGGGAUUAUUCCUGGACUGAAGGUCAGAGGAACAGACUAUGAAACAGCUGAUGGCACUUGUGUGAGGGACUAUAUAGAUGUCACUGACCUGGUUGAUGCUCAUGUAAAAGCUCUCGCCAACGCACAACCUGGGAUGGUUGGGAUCUACAAUGUCGGCACUGGAAAAGGUAGUUCAGUGAAGGAAUUUGUUGAGGCAUGCAAGAAGGCGACAGGGGUGGACAUAAAGGUUGAUUACCUCGACAGAAGGCCAGGGGACUAUGCUAAAGUUUAUAGUGAUCCUUCCAAGGUAAGGCAGGAGCUGAAUUGGACAGCCCACUACACACUUCAAGAGAGCCUGCAGAUUGCAUGGAGAUGGCAAAAAUCGCAUUUGAAUGGCUAUGGUCCUUAGGUUGAAAAGAUACCAGAGAUAGCAUUGCGGAAGCAGGAUGUUGCUCCUUGAGUUGAACUUGGAUUUCCUUUUAAUUGGAACACUACAUAAAUUUCCAAUCGGCGAGGAAGAAAGUCUAUGGGUUCGUUGAGAGAAGAGAGUGCCCUCCCUCUUGAUUCGUAUAGGACAAGAGUAACCCUGCGUGUAUUUUUUACUCCUGUACUUUGUUCAAGCCCAGAAAAAGAAAAGGAGAGGAUAUUAGAUAGCUGAUCUAAACAGAUGAAACAUUUACGGUACUGUAUAAAUAGCCAGUUUGAGUGUUAUCUGCAGAUAAGUAUAAUUGCCGAAUUUCAUGUAAAUUGCUCUAAAUCACUUGAAACAAAUUAGUUUCUUUCCUAUUUUCCUUGGCAAUGUAUGAGUUCUCUAUUUGAAGAACAAUUGAUAAAUCAUAAA